AUGGAGCCCGUGAAUUUGCCACCAGCUCACUCAAGGCAUUUUACGAAGAUCAAGGAAUCGAGCAGCAGACCACGGUUCCAUACGCGCAUCAAACAAAUGGUACAGCAGAGAGAGAUUCGUACCAUCGUCACAAUUGGUCGCAGUAUGCUGCACCAUGCUAAUCUGGACAAGUGCUUCUGGGGCGAAGCAGCAAUGGCCGCGAUCUACAUCAAGAAUCGUCUACCAUCACCCAAGAUUGCAAGCAAAACACCGUUUGAAUUUGUCUACAAGUCCAUGCCAAGCGUGAAGCACAUACGCGUGUUUGGAUGCUGGGCAUAUAUUUUGACACCUAAGGAGAAGCGAUGCAAGUGGGAUGCCAAGGCAUGUGUAGGUGUGUUCAUGGGAUAUGAAGAAGUAUCGAAGGCGUACCGAGUUUAUGACAUCGAGGCGGGGCAGGUGGUGAUCAGUCGCGAUGUCACCUUCGAUAAAUCAUCUUUUGGCUUUUCACCAAUGAGUGCAAGUGAAGAUGACGAGGAUGUUACUCUGGUCCUCGAUAGUCUCGACAUUUGUGACAACAAUGCUGGCCCAACAACUUAUCAGCAGACCGGAAAACGCAAGAAUGACUCAAGAGGCGUCGGAAGCACACCCUUCAACCCACACUCGGUUACCCGUAGAGCUGGACUUGAAGAAUCAAGUGCCUCCGAAAACACAUUUCAGCGCCAAGUGAGACAUCGACCAAGUAUGCAAGCCGGACCUGACUUCAAUGAAGAAGAAGUAAAAGAAGUUCAUAAAGAUGAAGAAGGCUCCUCGACCCCUCCUGCAUUUUGGAGAGCAAGUGUCAACGCUGUCGAAGUCACUGAUCUGUCCGAACCGGCAACCUUUCAAGACGCGGUAAAUGGACCCGAUCAAGUUCAUUGGCGCAAGGCCAUCAAUGCAGAGCUCGAGUCAUUGCGACUUCGUGGAGUGUUCCAAGCUGCAACAUUGCCAAAGGGCCAACAAGCUAUUGGAACCAAGUGGGUAUUCAAGAUCAAGCGCAAAGCAGACGCUUCAAUUGAGAAGUAUAAAGCAAGACUUGUAGCGCAAGGCUUCAAACAGAAGUACGGGAUCGACUACACGGAAAUGUGGCGAAGAGAAGGAGUGAAUUUGGCAAAGUGUGAUUGCAUAUUUUCGGUUAAGUCCGAAAUGGCCAAUAUUGAUGAAUCGCGAUCUCGCAGAAAGGUUUCGAGAUGA